AAAAUAAGAGAUCGUUUACACACAGGGAAAUCGAUCAAAUCGAUGACUCAUGGAACAUGCACGUAGCAAGCACGUGGACGCGGUUGAGCUGCGAUUCCACGUGACAAUGUUAAAUCAAUAUCUUCCUAGCAACUGCUAGACAUCUAUAGACACGUUGGUUCCUGAGACAAUCUCGAAUUUCUUUCGCAAUUCGCGCAAAACACGAAGAUGGUGAGAAUCACCUUCGAAUUGAUACGAAAACGCUCGGAGCACAACGAGGGCGAAAUAUCGACGUUGGAGGAGAUAGCCCUGCAUCAGGAGAACAUCGACAAGAUCGAGCUAAUCGGCCGGCAGUGCAGGUACCUCAAGAUCCUCCUGCUGCAGCACAAUCUCAUAUCAAAGAUAGAGAAUCUAAAUAUGCUGAAGAGUCUUGAAUAUCUGAAUUUGGCUCUCAACAACAUCGAGGUUAUCGAGAACCUGGAGGGUCUAGAAAGCCUGAAGAAACUGGACCUCACCAUUAACUUCAUCGGAAAUCUACAAGAUGUAAAAAGACUCAGAUGCAACGAGAAACUAGAGCAGUUGAUUCUGAUGGGAAACCCGUGCGCGGAUUACGAAUACUACAGGCAGUACGUCGUGGCGACUUUGCCGCAGUUGCGCGAGCUCGACAUGAGAGAGAUCGAGAGAUCGGAGCGCAUCAAAGCGCUGCAGAUCUAUGCGCGGGCACGGGAUGACAUUAUCGAGAGUUACGGGCGUUACGAGGAUACAAGGGUAACCCAGCGACUUCGUCGUCGCAACGCUACGAUGGAGAUAUCAGAGGUGAAAGAGACGAAUGACGCGGAGGAAGAACAGAUGGAAAAUACAAAGGACGAGCAAAACGCAAAUGGAGAACAGGAUGACGAAUCGGAGGACGAACGUUUUUGGAAACAGCCCAGUUAUCACACGCCGGAGGAUAGAGUCGCCAUUGCCGAGCGAUUCAAGAAGAAACAAGAGAGGAGGAAUCGCCCCGACAAGAACGACAAUCAGCUGAAACGCGUGCUGAAGCUGUUCGCUCCGGACGGCAGAGCUUACAAUAUAAAUCAGGCAAAGGUGCCUUUCAAGCUAAACGACGACGAUGAUCCUAAUUUUGUCAUUCUUGAAGUCUCCGUUUAUAGGCACUUGGAUACUUCCUACAUCAACGUUGACGUAAAUCCGACUUAUGUGCGAGUCACCAUAAAAGGAAAAGUUCUGCAGUUGACUCUGCCCUGUGAAGUAUCUGUCGAGAAGAGCAACGUCCAACGAAACACGGCUACCGGAAGCUUGGUCAUCAAUAUGGCCCGUUUGAUUCCGUCCACGUUAAUUACGAGAAAGUACGAAUCAGUAACGGCGAAGAAGGAAUCCAAGGAGCGCGAGAAGAAAAUCAUUAUUCAACCGCCAGCGACGUCCAAGCGAGUUUUGCUCGAGAUUGGUCCAGCUCCUGACAUCCGCGAUUUUCUGAAAAUAACCGAAGAUCCCGCGAAACGAGCUCAGAAAGUCGCCGCAGCGGAGAAAGAGAAGGAGCUCAAAGAUUUCAAGGACAAUCUGGACGUACCACCUCUUGAGUGAAACGUAUCGCGACGAUCGUAUAUCAGGUCAGAGAUGAGGGAUCGUAAAUGACUAUUCGAAAACUUUAUCGCAUCAACCGGA